UUAUUCAAAGUCAGAAUGGAAAGGUUUGUAGUGACAGCACCACCCUGCUCGAAACCGUUCUAAGACUGCUUGUAUGUGACUCCUCUGGAUCGAUUCACUGAAUUUGGAGGUGAGCUGCAUGAAGAUGGAGGAAAACUCUUCUGCACUUCUUGUAAUGUGGUUCUGAAUCAUGUUCGCAAGUCUGCUAUUAGUGACCACCUCAAGUCAAAGACUCAUACCAAGAGGAAGGCAGAAUUUGAAGAGCAGAAUGUGAGAAAGAAGCAAAGGCCUCUAACUGCAUCCCUUCAGUGCAACAGUACUGCCCAAACAGAGAAAGUCAGUGUUUAUCCAGGACUUGUGAAAAUGUGCCUGGAAGCCAACAUCCCACUUGAGAAGGCUGAUCACCCAGCUGUCCGUGCUUUCCUGUCUCGCCAUGUGAAGAACGGAGGCUCCAUACCUAAGUCAGACCAGCUGAGGAGAGCAUAUCUACCCGAUGGAUAUGAGAAUGAGAAUCAGCUCCUCAACUCACAAGAUUGUUGACCAGGAGGUUACCACCAUUGUGAUCAAGAUAAAUAAUGUGGAGUAUUAAGGUUAUGUGUUAAUUGUAUGGUUAAUUUUUAUAUUUAUUUCAUUUGAAAUCAUGUGAUGCAGAAUAGUUUGUCAAUGUGUAUAUAGUUGCAGGCAAAAAAAAAUCGCCAUUAUACUUACUGUUAAUUUUAGUCACCAAUGGUGUAAAGCAAAACUUAGGGUUUAGAGUGUGCUAGAAUACCUUAAACCUGAUGGUUGGUUAUCCUUAAAAUUGAAGGUUUUUCUCCUAAAAUGUUUGUGCAUGGAAGAGGUACCCUGCUGUUUUACCUUAUUGUCAUAUAUGAUUAUUCCUUCUGAGAUUACUUAAUUACUUGGAUUGAAGACUAGCCUAGGAAAUUGAAGCUGCUGACAGGCAACACUACUCACAGUAACUUAAAGGAAUUAUUUCUGAUUAGAGGAUCCUCAAAAUGGAAGGGAUGGUGGACAACUGUUGUUGUAUAUUCAGAUCCCUAGCUGAAAAUGACUGUUUAUUUCAAACUGUGCUUUACUUGUAUAUGAUGUAGUUACCUUAACUAUCCUUUUCCCCCAUUUUAAGGACUUACUGUUAUAUUUAGUAGCAGCUUCAAGUGACCAAAAGACUAAAAUCUUUUCAUGUCAGUGCCAAAAGCCAUAGGGAGUUUUGCAGUGGCAUGAUUUUAGUCUUACUAUGAACACAAUUUUUGAACUACAACUUUUGUUUCAAUAUCAUCUUGAGUUUGUAAGCUUUUUUUAAUGUCUUCAUGUUAAAAGACUUCAGGAUGGUCAUUUUAAUUUAAACAGGUAGACAUUUUAUGAUAGUUUUCUGUUUUACAGAAAAUUAGUAAUUUUUUUGGCUGACAGAUUGGAAAAUAAGGAAGUUACUUUCUAUACAUUAAUUUUUCCACAUGGUUUCAUAAGAGUUUAUUUAGGAUAAGCAAACUAGAAGCAAGUUUACUUUCACUUUAUGUGCUUUGCCUCUGGUGGCACAAGGUUUUUAAUGGAUAGUAAACAAUCAUCUAAAAAUACUGGUAAGAUUUUUUGUAGGGGAGAUCUGGCAGUAUCCUACAAAACUGUUUGGAUGAGAAACUAAUCAGUUCUGUUAGAGGUCAACCAUGUUCAGGAAAUGAUCUCUGUCUAAGCCUCACUAUUUACGGUUAUCGGAGACCCAAGUAUAUUUUUUAAAAACUAACAGCUUUAACAUGGAGUAGAGCUUUAAAAAAAAACAAGUUCUUUGAAAGCCAUAUCAAGUUAAUAUACUUACAAAAUAUUAUUUCUACUACAAAGCACUGACAACGAUGCCCUAUGUAACAACUGGAGUUAUCUUUAAGGUUUUUUAUCACAAAGUCUUAACUUAAAAAAACUAAAGUGAAUAAGAACAAGGUUAGACUUUAUAUUUUUCAGUAACAGUUUUCUAUGUCUAAAUUUCUUUUACAGACUUAAGUUCCUAGCAGGUUGUCCAAGUGUCUACCUGAUUUUAGAUUUGAUGUGGAUUUGGGGAGGCGGUGGUUUCUUAGUUUGCUUUAAUUUUAAAAUAAGCCUGCCACCAAAAAAAAGUCAAAAUUUAAACUACCAGUUUUUCUCAUGUUCAGUUAUGUUAAAAUAGCACAAUAAAUGCCUAAAAUAGUGCUGUCAUUAAUAAAGCACAUAACUGAGAAGACCAGCAUGUACUUUGCUUUUACUUCCUCUACUAAAGAAUUGGUAGGAAACCAUGUUUAAUUUGAAUUAUCUGUGAUGGUAGAAUGUCUUAAGAAGCUGGGAAAAUAAUUGAGUUUUAUAGCACUAUUCUCAGAAUACAAAAUAAGUUUAGAUUUGUAGUCAUUGUAAUUUUUCAAAAUUCCAUGUGAUUCACUAUUGUUUAGAUAUUAAUUUGCACUGAUAGCAGACCUUUAAUGACAGAACAGCAUUGAGUAAUCCUAAGCUGUAAACCAGAUGACGUUUCACUGGAAAAACACCAGUAAUUCACCUUUACAUUGCUAGGAUUUAAUGAUUAUUUAGGUCUAUAUAUCUUAAUGUAUUUCACCAGGCUCCAGACUAUUCCCACAUAUUCUAUAAUAUCUAGGGGCAUAAUCCAUCCUCUUGUUAGGAUUAUAUCAGGUCCUUAGAAGCAUUUUUCAUCCUGUUGUGGUGGUUUAGGUGUGUUUCUUUACUUGAUUUUAACACUUUUUGUUUCCUGCAACUGGUUAACUUUGUCUUAUAGUUAAAUAGAUAAAGCAGAAUGAUUGUUUUAGCCUGCUCAAACGUACAAGUCUGUGAAACCAUGGUUGGCAUAUGUUAGAUAACAAAGAGAAUAUCUAAGGUAUAUACUCCUGUGAGGUGUAGUGGAUGUGUGUAAAGAAGCUUUUAAUCUUAACUAUAUAGUGUUAGUGUGAUGCUAUACUAUUUGGAAGAAUAGCAUUUUCUAUUUUAUAAGUUGUAUGCAUAAACAUAAGGUUUGUAAUGUUUCAUUUAUAAAUUGCCUUCUUCAAUACAUGCUUAUCUGUUAGUAGUGUUUUUUCAAAGUAUAGUAGUAUGUCUUCCAGAAUUUCACUUUAGUAAAUAGUUCCUAGGUAGUUGAAAUAUUAAAUUCCUUGUUGGUUUAUUUUGUUUCUAUGGGGCAUAUAGCAAGCCUGAAGGACAUUGUAAUCAUUUCUUACAGGGUGGAGAUUUGGAAAGAUUAUGUAUGAGAGCCUAAAUAGUUAUUUUUAUUCAUUAUCAUCUUUGGUUAAGACUUGCUUUUCUAAACAAAUAACUACUUACAGUUAAUGCAUUUGGUUCUACUGACUUUUCAGGGACCAGAAAACUUUAAAGAAAAUGUCUUACAUCUUAGAAUUGUAACAAAUUAAGUAUUGGCUGGGAUUGUUCUGAAGUAUUCAUUGCUUAGAAACUAUAGUAAGUAACAAUUGACAAGAUCUCUAAGCAGAAAGUUCCAUGUUAAAAACUUUUGCCCAAAAGCAUUUGUGUGUGUUAAUGAAAAACACAUUUAAACAAAAUAAAAUUUAAGGUGGCCCAAAAUGAAAGCCACAAAAAUUCAUUUGGUGCUUAGUCUUUGUAAGGGCUCUCUGUGGAUUGACCUGCCCCAAUUGCCUUUAAAUGAGUACAUAUCACCUUCAUUAAUAGUAGAUUUGUUCUAUAAUUUCAUUAAAAAUCUUAGCCUAAAAUUAAUUGCUUUAGCUUCUGGUCAGCACUGAUUAAAAUGUGAAUAGUGAAGUGGCUAUCUUAAACAUUGGUUUAUCAGAAUCCAUACUAUCAUAGACUUCUGAGGUAAAUACAGUUCUUACCUAGUGGUAUUCCACUUGUAUCCAGAAUACUGUAUUCAUUAAAAUUUUACUAUGUUCAUUUUUGUA